UCCUUAUUUGGUUUAGUACGACCCCACCUUCUACACCUCGCGCAAAUCGGACUCUAAACACGAAGUGUUGGGGCAAAAUGGACAUCCUUUAUAAAACAUUUUAAUUUUGUUUUAUCAUUCCCGCAAAUUCGACCCUAAACACGUAAUUUUCCUACCGAAAUAGACACCCUUUUUCAUUAUUUUUGUGUUUUUGACACCCUUAUCACGUUACGUACGUAACGUGCCCUAUCGUGAAAAGGACAUCCUUUUUACGUGUUUUUUUGGUCGCGCAUGGUAUCCACUCGUCAAUGUAAGUGGCCCCCCCGGGGGAUUUAUACACAGAUCGAGAUAUGGCUUUGUUCAAUCCCAGAUAAAUUGCAGAGAAACUAUACCUGACGUCAGAAUCAGAAACUUUGUGACGUCAUUUCUUUGAUGAUGUUCAUGUUGUCGGAGAAUCAGUCAGAGGAGUCAGACUCUAUUUUUAAUUGUUGACAAACAGUAUUAAACACUACCGUCUUGUCUACGAAUGUUGAAUUUCAUCCACAUGUUCAUUUCGGGGAAUAACUUAGUCUUAGAGUCGAAUUACUUGACAGAUAAUUCAGAACUUUAAAGGCAAACCCAGAACAAGUUGAGAUGGAUAUGGAUCCGGAGGUGAACGGAGCUGCAGAAUCGAGUGUCGCUGGCAGCAGCAGUGAAAGGCAACGCACCUCCCGGCAGUCUACGGGGGAGUUUGACUACAAUGAACUGCCGGUCGCGCUCAUCGCCACCAAUGUCAGCGAAUGUGUGUUUACAGAUGAGAAAGAUAGGGCCGCCUUCGAAGAAUUGUGUUCUGUCUAUGGAACGAGGGUCGAGUUCCAUUAUCUUCCCAGCUUUCGUCGUAUUAGAGUGACGUAUAAUUCACCAGAGGAAGCAGUAGGGGCCAGGAUAGCAUUGCAUUCCAAAGAAAUCAGCGGCUCCAUUGUCAAUUUUUAUUUUGCACAGACCAAGAUAUUGAAAGACACCAACCCAAGCCUAGAACUUCCUCAGCCAGUCAAACAGUUCUUAAUAUCACCACCUGCGUCCCCGCCGGUUGGCUGGGAACCUGUGCCAGAAUCUGAACCCGUCAUUGACUAUGACCUACUUGCUGCACUAGCAAACCUUGCACCAGGUGAAACCCACGAGCUUCAUCCGGCUGAAGGGAAUAAACCAUGCAUUGUUGUCGAACCAUGCGAUGAUCCCAUCUCAAGACGUCCUGUUCCUCAAAAGAUCCAACAAACGAAGAGACCGGACCUUCCAUCUACAUCGUCAUGAUUACCACUGGAAAAUCAUCACAGCUUGAGACAAGGCUACAUGCCUCAUAACUGUAAAGACUCUUUAAGAUGCUCCGUUGUGGGCAUCAGAUGUGAUCAGACAUGGAUGCUUGUAUCGAACAAGGACCAUUUGAAAGAAAUUUGAAUUAAGGAGAAAAAAAUCUAUUUAAAUCACCAUUUCUUAGACCAGUUACAAAAUAUUUAUUAUACAAUAAGAAUAACACACAGAAGAAUUGUGGAUGAGUAAAUUAAAUCUUACUCAAGAAACUUGAAUUAAAGAUUAAUGGACACAGCUUUAGAAGAAAAAAAAGGUAUUUCCGAACCAUUAGUUGAAAACACCUCACUUUUUUUGAGGGGGUGGGGGUUGUUGAGAUAGAAAUACCAUAUGAAUAAAAGUAAUCUGAGUACAAACUUUGAAAGUUUUUAGGGGUUCUGAGAUGCCGGAGCAAUCAUCUGCUCAAGUCUCAAAGAGUUGAUCCUUUAGGUAGAUAUUCAAGCAGGACAACUAAUUCAUGCCAGAAAUCUAUUAUUUUUUCUGAAGAUAGUACGGUAGUGGAAUAUUUCUGCACUCAAGCCCAUUGCAGUGAUACAAUUCUGAAUAGACCUAUACUCUAUACCAACAGCAAUAUCCUGUUGAAACAUGGAAAGUAUUAACUAUUCAAUAAAUAUUAAAAAUGAGUGCAAAAUUAAUGAGGUAAUAGUGCUGGGGCCGUUACAUAAAGUUAUGCAUGACUUUACGCACAACUCUAUGCUCGACUCUACGCACCACUGGUAUCCCUUUCGUGUCCUAAAUGAUAUCACUGUGCAGCUGACUAGCUGUCUAAGCAUGUAAGAACAUGUUCAUGUCAUGCAUCGUGAUUAACUGUAUGAACAGCUUUAUGAAACACCAACCAGGCCUUGCAGGGCUGUUCAUUGAUGAAAUAUCAAGCAGGGUUGUAAGGGCUCUGACUUUUCCACUGCAACCAGAGGGUCAUGUAUUUGAAUGGCACAAUGGCACAAGCAUCCUAUGUCAGUCUAUACUUGGCCACUCUCCACUCAGGGGAGCGUUUCAUGAAAGGACUUGUCAGACAUUUUAUCUGACAAUUACCAUAGUAACAGUGCUUCUCAGCCAAUCAAAAUUAAGGAAAGUUGUCAGAUCUUGUCAGACAAAAAUUUUGAUGAAACACUCCCCAGGUGUUCGAUGGGUACCCGAUAGGAUGCAGAAGGCAAUGUAGUGUGCUAAUUGUAGCUUUGUAGUUCUUGUGGGAAUGCUCUCCAGGGGGUGAAGAGAGCGUCUUGAGCUGUCUUCUUUGGGUCAUUUCAAGUUUGGUGUUACUUCUGGUGUUGGAAGAACAGUUUAGAUUGCUGUUCCUAGCAGAACCAGCUCCAACACCUAAUGUGAGUUUAUGAAAAUUAUCCAACACCAAGAGGUCAACACUGAACUUUUUUUAUUUGUAUUUAUGUUCGGUCAACACUGAACUUGAAAUCACCCAUUGGUGUGAGGCCAGCCACAACCCUGUGCCUACUGGGAUAUGUCGGUGCAUGCAGUAAUAGAGACAUGAUCCAAUUUAUUGAGUGCUAUAUGAAGUUACACAUAAUAUCGUUACUGAAAGUCUAGGGAUUUGUUGACAUUUUGAUGCAAACCCCUGCCAUUCAGGUUUGAGUUACACAUUUUCACUGAGAAAAUGUCCUUUUGUCAUUCAUGGUAGCAUAAAACUAGCAAUGUGAGAACCUGACAUGGCGACAGGCUGGAACACACCCAAGGAAGUGGAGAAUGUAUGCAUUAUUAGCGAGGGAAGCAAUUAGAUAUUCAGUCUUUAUGAUAUAUAUAUAUAUAUUUGGAUCAUCAUUACAUUUAAGUCAACAUUAGUCGACUUUCUGUAUUACUGUUAUAGUCAAAUAAUCAAGUUGAAGAAAUCUCUUUGAACAAAGAGUUUUGACUCAAGUGGAUUCACCUACAUUUUUUUCUAACAAAUUUAGAUGUACAGUAUUUAUUCAAAGAAAUAUACAUGUCCAAAUUUAACAAACAGGCGUAAAGUGUAUUGAAGUCCUAAUGUAAUUGUGUUGUAUGUUAUGGAUGGUGCUCCCUGUUCCCAAGUUUUGUUAUUCCACAAGGUUCACACACUCCUAAAGAUUAAAGACAGUGGCUGUGGAAACAGGGGGGGGGGAUUUUGGUGGGCUUCAGCCCCCCAACUUUUUUCCAAGAAUGUAAGUGACCAUCUGAUUGUGAUUUUUUGCAUGGUCAUUCCCCCCCCCCCCUUUUCAAAACCAUUCCGCAGCCCCUGUAAGAUAUGUUAUUUCCAAACCCGCAAAUUUGAUAUGCCAAGAUAUUUGUUAGCCUGAAAAUUAAAGAAAGGAAUGUUAAUCCAAAUAUUUGUGACAUUUUUCUAAAGGUUUGUUAAUCUGAAAAUUUAACAGGGUUCGUUAUUGCGUACAUUCUUUUUGUUUCUACAAUAAAAUAUGGUUAUAAGUAUGAAUAUAAUUUCUGAACUUUACAAAUCUUUAUGAUCAGACAAAUCAGAAUAAAUCUUUUGUUUUUUGGAUUAACCAACCUUUAGAAUAUGGAACCUCAAUUCAUUUUUAAGAAUAACAUACCUUCAAAUGAAAUCUUCAAGUGAAUUAAUUUUCAAAGAAUACCAGACCUUCAAAGUAUUCAAGCCUUCAAAAUAAUGAACUGUAAACCAUAUGCUGCUGUCAUCAUUAAAAGUUUCUAAGCCGCCAAUUUCUGAAUACAACAUCCAACUAAUUCAGUUCAGAUUUUUUUUUUAAUUAACAGUUCAUUAUGUUUAUCACAAAUUGUUCCAAGAAAAGCACAUGAGAAUUUAUUAAAUUGCCAGUAACAAGUUUAAAGAAUGAAUUUUAAAUAAUUUUUCCAGAAUCAGAAAUAUUAUACCAAAUUAUAAAUCUGUAGAUUAUUUGCUAUGAGAUCUUAAAGAUUGUAUUUGAUGGUACAGAAUUUGUCUAAAGCACCAAAGAAAACAGUAGGUACUGAAGCCUUAUGAUUGUGCUAUCAGAGUAUUUCUCUGCACCUGAUGAGGGCUUAUCACAAGGCCCUUUCAGACAUGAUGCAGCAAAACUUGGCAACAUAGCUCUGCAAAAUUGUUGUGUACAACGUCAAUGCGAUAUGAAUAAGCAUAAGAAAAAUGUUGCAGUGGCUAGCAACUCUUCUUACGCUGGGCAGAAAACUGUCCCACAUUCACAUUCUUUUGAACAGAUGGUGGAGAUUGUAGCAAGAUAUCACAAAUGUAUCUGUCCAGAAUUAUGCAAAGAACCUUGUGAACUUUCAACAGGACUUGUGAUGUCAAUGUUGAUGUCAACAGUUACAUCACAAGUCCUUUUUAAGACACGAGUCAUCAUGAUGCCAUUAUGUCAUGGGUUUCAUUCACACAACAGUGGACCAUUGUUUGGUUAGACUUGAAGCAUACAAUGUGUAUUAUUAGCAACGUGAAAAAUGUUGGCGAGUUUUGUUGCAUCAAGUCUGAAAUUAGUUUUUUUUAUUAAAGUGACUAGUGCUCAGGGGUGGUGGUAGGGCAUUUUCACAGGGGGGGGGGGAUAAUUUGUCCCCUCGUAAUAAAAAAGUCAUGUUCCAUUACCCCUUCCUCACUUUUUAACUCUUCCAAUUUUUAAAACUUCAUCUCUUAAUUUUUUUUUUAUCACCUGAAAAAUUGUGAGAUUGAUGAUCAAUGCCCCCACCCCUGUGGCACCACUUGUCAUGUGCCACACGUUGGUAUAGAAGUAUAGUGGAAUGUUAAAAAGGACUUGUAUAUGUAUAUGUUGAGGAAUGUAAUAUUUUGUUUGUCUUGUUGAUUUGUAUAUAUUUUCUGUGCAAUAAAAGAUAUUCUACACAAAA